GGAACCGAUCGACGGAUCUGAGAUGGAUCCGCAACCUGUGACGAACAUUGUGCAUCAAUUCUAAGCUCACCAUGCAGCUACGAAGUCGCCGACCUGCGCAUCGACUUCCACGAACCCCUCUGCUCCGCAUUAAAUGCUGCUAGUCGGUGAAUAGGUGCUCGUUUGGGAAAUCACAAGUCAGCUAUGCUGCGUUCAGCAACGGGGCGCUGGAGAUCAAUGAGUUCUCAAAUCAACUGCUCUCACGGAGCUGCUCGAGCGCAUCCUCAGACGCAUGGCCGAUUAUGGUGUGCUACCAGUAGCCACACACCUGUAGAUAGAGCCUGUCAGAUCUCUGUUGGGGGUUUAAAGGUUGCUCCCCCAGUCCUGAUUCAGGUACCAAUUUCAUCCACCGAUCCCAUCCCAUUAUCCUACUCUUGCUAGAAUUCCAGAGAAAGUGGCUUUGCCGGCAGAAACACCCAAGCGCAAGACUCCUCAGAACAAAAUGCCUGGCGAAGAGGAAAAGUCUAGAAACAAUGCAACUGGCAACGCUCCAGGAGGCCGAGGUGGUCCAGCUUCCGCACUCGGCGGCGACCCUGUCGGAGGUGCUGUGUCCACACUCGGCGGAGGCAAUAACCCGGCCACCGGUACUGCUGGUGAACGGGACGCAAAUGCAGGCUUUGGUCUGGACAACAAAGAUGUCAAGGGCAGUUUGAAGGUGCACAUCAAGUUGGAUCUUGAAGCAGACAUUCGAAUCAUCGCGAAGAUUAAGGGUGAUAUUGCCAUUGGGCUUUUGUAGUAGGAUAUGCAGUUUAGUGAAAUUCUGAGUUUGCAC